AUGGAACGUUCCCACCCGCCACUGCGUCGUGUGAUGCGUGGCAACCCGGCAAAGGUCGACCCGAAGCUUGAUCAGCCCCUACAACAACAGCUGGACAAUGCAAAGGAGAAGAGGUUGAGCACCCGAUCCAUGGUAUCCGAGCAGGACUCGUGCUACUCCUCGUGCUCCGAAGAAUCACAUGCCUCGCUCUCCCGUGAGAGUAGUGAUGCUCUUUCCCAACAUCUCGGAGCAAUGAGCAUGACAGAUGACGGUCGAGGCUCCGUUACCCCAUGCGCCCUCCCGCCAGAUCAUCUCGAUUUCGCGCUCUCACUUGGCUAUACUGAGCAACAGCUCCGAAGAGCCCUCGCCAGACUACCAGCAAAUCCCACGCAGGACAGCCUCCUUGCCGAACUUGUCGCCGGCGGGCACGGCCAGGGGUCCCGUGGCGGAUCUCUCCUAAACCUACCAGCAGCCAUUGAUGCAUCAAUCACGUCCUCAUCUACAUCCACUUCUUUUCCUUCCUCAUCUACCACCCCGCCUUCGUCAAGUACACCCCAACUGCGCCCGAUUGUGAUUGACGGGAGCAAUAUUGCGAUGACCCACGGUCGUAAAGAAGUGUUCUCGUGUGCUGGCAUCCGGGAUUGCGUCAACUUUUUCCUAAACCGUGGACACCAAGAUGUGCUCGUCUUUAUCCCGCAAUUCCGAAAAGAGGCCGCCAGAGCCGAUUGUCCGAUCACCGAUCAGCACGUGUUGACCGAGUUGGACGCUAAGCAGCACAUCGUCUGGACACCUUCCAGACGAAUCAGCGGUCGUCGAAUCGUAUGCCACGACGAUCGAUACAUCCUGAAAACGGCCGAAGAAAAAGAUGCGGUCAUUGUGUCAAAUGAUGAAUAUCGAGACUUGGUCCGCGAGAAUCCUCCCUACAGACGUCUCGUCGAGAAUCGGCUACUUAUGUAUUCAUUUGUGGAUGGAAAAUUCAUGCCACCAGAUGAUCCUCUUGGAGUGCCACAUACCGCCCAAGUAUGCCCGUAUGGACGGAAGUGUACGUAUGGCAACAAAUGCCGAUACUACCACCCGGAACGCCCGAACGGCAUCCACACGUCCGUCACCGAGCGGUUGAUGCGUGAGAACAGGGCGAAUAAGCCGUCGUUGAUGACUCGCCCAUCAAUGAUCUACGAGGGUUCCCCCCUGGCCGGUCACCAACAUCAUCUCCACCAGACAAUUGGCCGUACCCAAUCCCUAAAUGUCUCCGUUGAAAGAGGAAUGGGCGCUGAGAUGUUGAAGGGACCAUUCAAUAAUAUCACCCUCAACACCCCAACACAACAACAUCCAACAUUGAGCAGGAACGCAUCGGCUCCGUUGGGACACCAACUGCGGCCGCAUCAAGACAACACGUCGUCGGGCCCGAACUCGCGGUGCAAUUCGUUGUUGGACAUGUCGAUGGGAGGCGUAUUUCCGUUUAUCCCACCACCAUCCCAUCAUCUAUUCUCACCAUCCAUCUGGGGACCGCAUAACGAAUAUGCAUUGCCGUCGAUUUCUACUACAAACGAGCUCUCCGACCUGUCAAUGGAUGACUCCCGAGCCAAGCUACAGUACCACCUCUCACAGCUCUUCCCAUCCACCGCGGUAGCCGCCGUCAUGGCCGCGCACCCGGAAGAGAAGGACCCGCAGCGGCUCUGCGAAGUCAUCCUCGCCUUCCAUAAAGGAUUUAAUGGCUUGAAU